AUGCUGGUGUUGCGGCAGGCAUACGAGUGGGGUGAGCAGAACUUCCUCAAGCCACACUUCCACUUCGACUCCAUCCUUGACGCCGGGGCCAACAUCGGCCUCACCUCCGUGCUCUUUGCCACCAUCCAUCGUUUCCUUGAUGCUGGAGCCAACAUCGGCCUCACCUCUGUUCUCUUCGCCACCAUGCGAGCAACUCUAUUCUUCUACCCAUGCAUUGAUAGGUACCCCAAGGCGACGAUCAUCAGUGUGGAGGCGUCGUCUCGCAACUUCCGCUCAUUGAAGCUCAACACGCAGCCCUUCCCCAACGUCAUUGCUGUCAACGCUGCCCUGUACCCCAAGGCGAUGAUCAUCAGUGUGGAGGCGUCGUCUCGCAACUUCCGCUCUUUGAAGCUCAACACCCAGCCCUUCCCCAACGUCAUUGCUGUCAACGCUGCCCUGUGGCCCCGCGUCGCCUCCCUCUCACUGACCCUCGGGCAGAGGAACCCCGAGCUGCCCCCUGAAUGGGCCUUCAUGGUCAAGGAGACUCAUGAUCUCGAGCCCGGGCAGGUUGUGGAGGACUCCCCUCUUGGCGUGACCGUGCCCUUCCUCCUCAAAGUUUUCGGGCUGCCCGGAUUCGACUUCCUCAAGAUCGACAUCGAGGGCAGUGAGGGCGAGGUUUUUCGCGAGGACAGGGAGAUGGACCCGGGGUGGGUGAACGAGUCGAAGCUGGCAGCACUGGAGCUGCAUGGAGACAUGGUGCCAGGAUCGAACGUGACUGUAUUGAAUUUCUUCAACAGUCGCAGCGAUUUUCAUCACAAGAAGGACUGGUCGGGGGAGUACGAGGUGUUUAUGCGUAACGACGCUAAUCUGUCCUAG